AUGGUGAACAAGCAGGGACAGACGCGAUUGGCGCAAUACUUUGACUCGAAUCUCACCGCGGACGAGCGGCGACAGCUGGAGGGAACGAUCGUUCGAAGGUGCAUCGCGCGCGGCGCGGAUGAGUGCGCGUUCGUGGAGCAUCGAGAGUACACGGUGAUUUAUAGACGGUACGCGAGCCUGUACUUCGUCGUCGGGUGCGAGGGAGAGGAAAACGAGCUCGCGAUGUUGGAGUUCGUGCACGGCGUGGUGGAGACGUUGGACAGGCACUUUGGAAACGUGUGCGAAUUAGAUAUCAUGAUGCAUUUGGAUAAGGUGUAUUGCAUGCUGGAGGAGAUGGUGAUGUGCGGGAACGUCGUGGAGACCAACAAACAGAUUGUCAUCGCGGAGGCGAGUAAGGCGAUCGACGUGCAAAGGGAUGGAGGUUUUCCGAAGUAG